AUGCCUGCUCUGCCCACACCCCUACCACCAACACCAUCACCUUCCAUACAUUCACCCACAAGGCAGAGUAGCUAUCAGGAUCUUAAAAACAUGAUGGAACAACCUAUCGCUGGACCCAGCCAUGGCUGGCGUCCUUAUCCCAAUCCACCGCGGAACGAGCUUCCUCCGACACCUCCUAUACAUGAUGACGAGGAACACGAUCGUCGUGCUGAAAGCGCUCCUUCCUCAUCCAUCAACUUCUCCGAGCCCACCUUGCCAACAAGAAGGGUCCAACCAGCUCGACGUCCUGCUAGUGCGUAUCCCGCUCAAUCUGACGAGAGACCACAUCCACCGUUCCGGAAAUAUACGGAUCCUACGUCACGCAGCCAUCGAUAUGAUCAACCAACUCACCAGCUUGACGUUGAUCUUGACGCUUAUUCUGCAACCGAGUUCGGUACGGAAGAAGGCAUGGACGAAAGGGAGCCAACGUUGAGUUUUGUGACGACAUCUACCGUUGAUUCUACGGCAAGUACUCCUUCGAUGGGUGUGACUUACGGGUACAGAACGGAUUCAAACGAAGGGGAUGGCAAGAUCAAGAUGCGUCAUACCGCUGGCAGAGCUCAUGCUUAUUCGUCGGCAGAGUCGUCCAUGGCAUCUGGUGCUUAUUCGGGAUACGGUUAUGCCGAUCAAAUAUAUCAUCCUCACCCACCACCUCUGCCUCAUUUGCCUAGUACUUUCACCUCGCCCGUUGAGCAUGUCGGAUUGGGGAUCUCGGCUGACUUUCCUCAACGCAAUCCACCGGUCGAAAGUCCUUCAAGUAAUCCCCCUCUUUCUCCUUCUCAUUCCUUCACUCACAGACCUUGGAAGAGGGAUGUGGUAAAUCGGCUUCGAAGUAAUUCAGCCUCGUCUUCAAUCACUACUGCCUCAAUAUCUACGAGUGACUCAGGCCCUUCUUCAAGCAGGGUUCCCCCACCGGACAACACUUUUGCCUAUGCCUUUGAUGUAUACAAUCCAGCUUGGGAACAGCCUCGAGCAGAGGCCAUAGCGAUGGUUGAUGAGGGCCGAGAAAACAUUCUCAAUGUGGACAAAAUCGAAGCUCUUGGAGGAUUUGAAGCUUUGACGGUAGAUAUGAUCGGGUCAUUUGCUGGUGUCACACAUCUUUUACUCCCAUCCUGUGGAUCUCACGUGAUAUCUUUCUUACCUAGCUUGCUGGAAAUUCUUGCACCGUCUAUAGUCGUUCUCGACAUCUCCGAUAACGAUUUAUCGUUCUUGCCUGAGACUUUACACAACUGCAAAUCGCUCGAAGAACUUAACGUUUCCGGCAAUCCUCUCAGACAGAUUCCUGCUUGGGUAGGCCAUCUCGUCGCGCUGAGGGUUCUAGCUGUAGAUACAUGCGGGUUGCAAUGUUUACCUGUCGAGUUGGCGCAGCUCGGUAGUCUGCAUACCCUAUGCGCCCGCGAAAACAAGCUUGUCUGCCUCCCGUCAUGGCUGUGUCUUCUCAGUCACUUGGAGAUGCUGCGAGUGGAUUCCAACCCCUUUGCUUCCGAAUGGAUACCGAUCGUUGCACCUAUCCUUGCUUCAUCCGCUGAGCGGCCACCGUCCAGUCGGAAAAACUCCCAUCAUCGACAUACUUCCAUCAACAACGGUAUGCGAUCACCGCCAUCAAUGGCAUCAUUGACUAGCUCAAUGACCGCUGGUUCGCUUGCUGAUCUUCCUGAUCAACCUUGGACAACACCGAACUCUGCUGCUCAAUCAGUCUUUCAACUGGACUCGAUAGCAGAAGAUAACGCUCAUGCUAUACCUAUUUCUGUGGACCAACCAGUACAACCAGCAACUCAGACCAAAUCGUUACGGAAAAUGAGAUCUGCUGGCGCCCUUCUUGGCUCCAAGAAUAAUAGUCCCACUCUGAUCACUACCUUCAAUACACCCUUACCCAGUUCUAACAAUCUUGCCCCGGCUAGUACAAGCAAAUUUGCUAGUCUAGGAUCAAGCGACGGUCGUCGAGCCGCGAGUGUAAUGGGAAAUUACGAAAACGAACAGCCUAUCAAUAACUCUAGACUUGCUGCUCCAGGCAUGACUACAAGUACUUCCACGAAGACCGGGAAAUGGGGAUUCUUGAGAAAGAUGUCAAUGCAUCGACUUAAGGGAGACAAAGAUAAAGCCGCGACAAUGACUGCUUCUGCUUCGGCAAAUAUGAAAUCCUUACCUCCCCCACCACCAAUGCUUCAUCACACCAACACUGAUCCCGUCCCCACAUUAUCCUCUCGUCCUACCAUCAAUGGUGCCAAAUCAGCUAUGACACUUCCAACGAGGAGCAUGUUAGGUCCCGAAGCCAGCGAAUUCGGUCAAAUAUCAUUUGAAACCCCGCUUUCAUCUGCCACUCUGCCAGUUGGAGGAGGGUUUCCCACUUCAGCGUCGAUAUACGGUAGCACUGUUGGAUCGAUACCUGUUCGAGGAAAGAGAAGGAGCUUUUUACCUAUCGAUCUUGGUCCCCCAUCUAUAAAUAUCUCUAUCCCAUCUACCUCGCCCUUCAUUCCUCCCCUCACUGGAUUCGAUAGUCUGGAUCGACUGCCCACCGCUGUUUCUGAAGCCACCAUUGCCACCAUGACCGCCUCCAAUUCUCGACCUCUUGUGGAAUCACCAUCGGUCGACCUUUCUUCAGAAGGUCGCUACGCUCAAGGCCUUGAAUCAAUCAAGUCAUAUCUUCGGGACCUUUUCGAUUUGUCCCGACCUCCUAUAGAGCCUUACGGUGGGUUUGAGGUCUUGGGAAGCAACGAUGGCAGUUAUGCCCCGUCUACCGCUCCUUCGGACAAUCUUGGGUCUCCAAUGUCUGGCAUCGCUGGACAGAGCACAUUCAACGAUAACGUUCGACGUGCCAGACGACCAACUCUCGAGACACAACCUUCUCGAGCAGGUUCCGUCAUCGAAAGUGAACAAGAAUGCGAGCAAACUUCAUUAUCCGGUAAAAAGUUCAAGAACGAUAAGUCCAAAAGAGCUAGAAUCCUCCGUGAGAUCUAUGAUACCGAAAGGACAUACGUGAGAGGUUUAGGUGAAUUGGUAUCGAUCUACGUUCGACCUUCUUGCCAACCAGUCAAUCCUAAUAAAUCAAAUGAAACUGUUGUUCCUGCUUCUGAAAGGAAGAUUGUCUUUGGAGGCGUGGAAAGUAUACUUUCUAUUCAUCGAGACAACUUCUUGCCUGCUUUAGAAAAAGCUGUCAAACCACUGUUGGAAGGACAAGACGACGAUGAAGGAUCCCUCUCAGCUGCUACUACACACAAUGUCGGAGAAGUUUUUCGGACUUAUAUCGCAUACAUGAAGCAAUACUCCACUUACAUCAACAAUUUCGAUAAUGCAUUAUCGAGAAUGAAGACAUGGUCUGCUCCCAGCUCAACGCCUAACACCCCAGCUUUCCCAUCCAAAAAUGUUUCACCAGGCAUAUCAGCUGCCGCUGUAAGUGUUGGAAUGAGUGCCAUCUCGUCACUGUCCUCUGGACCGGACAACGUAACAUCAUCUGGAUCCCACAUGAGCUCAAGUCAAAAGAAAAGGGUCAAAGCUUUCUUGAAACGAUGCAAAGAAAAUCCCAAGCAUUCUCAAAUUAACCUUGAGAGUUACCUCCUACUGCCUAUCCAAAGGGUACCGAGGUAUAAGCUGCUACUUGAGGAUCUCGCUAUGUGUACACCGCCUCGAUCGGACGGUAUUCGGGAUACUCUUGAUGAUGCAUUGAACGAAAUCGCAUCUCUUGCAUCGUUAAUGAAUGAAGAAAAGAGAGAAGCGGAUUCAAGACUUCGUUUAUUAGGUUGGCAACAGCGUAUAUCAAAAUCAGGUCCUUCACCUCUUGUACAACCACAUCGAAGAUUGAUACUAGAAGGACCAUUAAGCUUAAUUCGAUUGGUGAAGAAGUCAUCUACUUUUGUCGAAACUGAGUUUACUACAUUCACAGAUGGCGAUCAAACUCUUACGCCCUCCAAAGUGGUCGUUCCUGUAGAAUACAUCAAGCCUGAGUUAGUAGAUAGACAAGUCAUGCUUGUACUCUGUUCUGAUCUUAUGGUUCUUGCCACUCAACGAAAUGAAGGAUGGGAGGGAAUGGUUGACCUAUUCAACGUACUUAGAAUGGCUACUUUACGUGAACCAGCCAGUAUAGUACAUGGCACCGUACUAAGAGUGGUCGAUAACAAGUCAAUCUAUUACUUCAAUGGUGCUUCACUUGAAAACACAAUACAGUGGUGUCGAGCGAUCAACUCAGCUCGUCGAAGAUAA